AUGUCGGUGUUCAAACAAGCUCCAGAUCCACAUGUCGAGAUCUCAGAGAGCGUCUAUGAUGAUCCCGAGGCCAUAUCAGUUUUACACUCUACUGAUGACAGCUACUCUCAAACCCCACCACCUCCUCGUCGUCGUCCUCCUCCUCCUCCUCCUCCUCCUCCUAUUCCACUAGUAUUUGAGAGACCAAACAUUCCACCACCACCACCACCACCACCUCCUCCCUGUCUCCCUCCCCGUCCCCGUCCAGUUGAAAAUGAAGAUUACAUUCCCUAUCCAAGAAGAGAGCCCUAUAGGUGUACUUAUCCUAUGGAGGAAUUGUUCCAGCAUGUAUUAUGGGACGAGUUACGGAGACGUGGGGAAGCACUGAUUGCACCACAAGUUAGAGCAUCAGAACUAGAGACCAUUUCCUCUGAGUCUGAUACAGAGGAAAAUCCAUAUAUGUUUAUGUUUCCUCUAAGAAUAAAGUAUUCUCAGCUGCCACUGUUAGACUGGAAUCUUAUACCAAGUCCCUUGGAGGGAAGCUUAUGGGACCAGUUACAUAGACUUGGAGAAAUGCAAACUGCACCAAUAUUUGAUGCAUCUGAAAUAGAGACCCUCUUCUCUGUUCCAAUACCAAAACCUGGAAUUGUUCGGCUGAUUGACCUUAGGAGAGCCAAUAACGUUGUAUCUAUCCUUACGAAAGUAAAAAUGCCGCUUCCUGAUGUGAUGAUAUUGAUCACAUGGAAAAACCCAACCGAGGGAGAGAUGGAAGUUCUUAUGAACUACAAAGGUGACAAGUCAGCCUUGGGAGAGUGUGAGCAGUACUUCCUAGAGCUAAUGAAGGUGCCACGAGUAGAAUCGAAGCUGAGGGCAUUUUCUUUCAAGAUUCAGUUCGGCACUCAGAUAGCAGAAUUUGAAAAACGUUUAAACGUGGUAAUUUCUGCGUGUAAGGAGAUCCGUUCUUCUGAAAAGCUAAAAGAAAUUAUGAAACAUAUUCUUCACCUUGGGAAUGCAGUGAACCGAGGAGCUGUCAAGGGCUCUGCAGUGGGAUUCAGGUUGGGAAGUUUGUUGAAAUUAAGCGAGACAUGUGUUCCUAACAGCAACAUGACUCUCAUGCAUUAUCUUUGCAAGGUCUUGGCUUCCAAGGCACCACAUUUACUGGACUUUUACAAGGAUCUUCAAAGUCUUGAAUCAGCAUCAGAGAUACAAAUGAAGUCGCUGGAUGUGGAAACGCAAGCUAUAAGCAUAGCAUUGGAAAAGCUGAACCUAGAGCUCACUGCAUCCCAAAGUGAUGGUCCGGUAUCUCAAGUUUUCCGUCAAAAGUUGAGAGACUUCCUCAUCAUUGCUGAGACUAGACUGGCAACUGUAUUAAAUCCUUACUACGACCUGGGAAAAACUGCUGAGGCAGUUGUGUACUAUUUGGGCGAGGAUCACUAUCGUUGUCCACUUGAACAAGAAAGCACAAGAAGAGAAUGUCAAGCAAGGAGGACCUCGGAAUUUGGGUCAUCUCCACCUCCUCCAGUUAUUGGUGGCAGAGUAGUAAGAGGGGCAUUUGGGUCAUCUCCACAUCCUCCAUAUAGGUGUGGUGGUGGUUUGGCACGUCAAAACUACGGACCACCACCGCCCCCACCGCCACAUCCUCCACUGAUCAGUAGAAGAGCAUUACCGCCACUGCCUAAAGGACCCCCACCUCCACCUCCACCACCUCUCCCGAUGCGUGGAGGAAGAGCAAUACCGUCACUGCCUCAAGGAGCCCCACCGCCCUCGCCUCCGUCUUGA